GAAGUGACAAGGCAAAGCUCGCUCGACCUCUCCCCGCUCAACACUACAGCGGCUGCGCGGGCAGCCCGCAGCCCUCACUUAAGAUGGCGAAAGCUUCCUCAGCCGCCCGCUCUUCUUCCUCAGGGAGGCGGUCGGACCCGCCUCCCGGGGAGCCCCAGUCACGUGACCCGCACAAUGGCUAACAGCCAGCCUAAGGCUUCCCAGCAACGCCAAGCGAAAGUCAUGACCGCCGCCGCGGGCUCGGCGAGCCGUGUCGCGGUGCCCUUGUUGUUGUGCGCGAUGCUGGCGCCGAGCGGCGCCUACGUGCUAGACGACUCCGACGGGCUGGGCCGGGAGUUCGAUGGCAUCGGCGCAGUCAGCGGCGGCGGGGCAACCUCUCGGCUUCUAGUAAAUUACCCAGAGCCCUAUCGUUCUGAAAUACUGGAUUAUCUAUUUAAGCCAAACUUUGGUGCCUCUUUGCAUAUUCUAAAAGUGGAGAUAGGUGGCGAUGGACAAACAACAGAUGGCACUGAACCCUCGCACAUGCACUAUGAGCUGGAUGAGAAUUAUUUCCGAGGCUAUGAGUGGUGGCUGAUGAAGGAAGCUAAGAAGAGGAACCCGAGCAUUAUACUCAUGGGGUUGCCAUGGUCAUUCCCUGGAUGGCUGGGCAAAGGUUUCAGCUGGCCUUAUGUAAAUCCUCAGCUGACUGCCUACUAUGUUGUAAGAUGGAUUCUGGGUGCCAAGCAUUAUCAUGAUCUGGACAUUGAUUAUAUUGGGAUUUGGAACGAAAGGCCAUUUGAUGCCAACUACAUAAAGGAAUUACGAAAAAUGCUGGAUUAUCAAGGUCUUCAGCGAGUGAGAAUCAUAGCGAGUGAUAAUCUCUGGGAGCCAAUUUCAUCUUCUGUGCUGCUUGACCAGGAACUCUGGAAGGUGGUUGAUGUUAUAGGAGCUCAUUAUCCCGGAACCUACACAGUGUGGAAUGCAAAGAUGUCAGGGAAGAAGCUUUGGUCAUCUGAAGAUUUUAGCACUAUUAACAGUAAUGUUGGUGCAGGCUGUUGGGGUCGAAUAUUGAACCAGAAUUACAUCAAUGGCAAUAUGACUGCCACAAUUGCUUGGAAUUUGGUGGCUAGUUACUAUGAAGAAUUGCCUUAUGGACGAAGUGGACUGAUGACAGCUCAGGAGCCAUGGAGUGGACAUUAUGUAGUAGCAUCUCCUAUCUGGGUAUCAGCUCAUACAACCCAGUUUACUCAACCAGGCUGGUAUUACCUGAAGACCGUUGGCCAUCUAGAGAAAGGAGGAAGUUAUGUAGCUCUGACUGAUGGCUUGGGAAACCUCACCAUCAUCAUUGAAACUAUGAGUCGUCAACAUUCUAUGUGUAUACGGCCAUAUCUACCAUAUUAUAAUGUCUCACGUCAGCUGGCUACCUUCACUCUAAAGGGAUCUUUGAGAGACAUACAAGAGCUACAGGUGUGGUACAGCAAGCUUGGAGCCCCACCACAGAGACUUCAUUUUAAACAACUGGACACUCUAUGGCUCCUUGACAGUGAUGGCAGUUUUACACUGGAACUGGAGGAGGAUGAGAUAUUUACACUCACCACCCUGACCACAGGUCACAAAGGCAGCUACCCAUCUCCUCCCACGUCGCAGCCCUUCCCAACCAACUAUAAGGAUGAUUUCAAUGUUGAGUACCCAUUUUUUAGUGAAGCUCCAAAUUUUGCUGAUCAGACUGGCGUAUUUGAGUACUACAUGAAUAACGAAGACCUUGAGCAUCGAUUCACACUGCGCCAAGUUCUCAACCAGCGACCUAUUACCUGGGCUGCAGAUGCUUCCAGCACAAUCAGUAUUAUAGGCGAUUACCAUUGGACCAACAUGACCGUGCGCUGUGAUGUUUACAUAGAGACCCCUCGGAGUGGCGGUGUGUUCAUUGCUGGAAGAGUGAAUAAAGGUGGCAUCUUGAUUAGAAGUGCUACAGGAGUUUUCUUCUGGAUUUUUGCAAGUGGCUCUUACAGAGUUACAGCCGACCUGGGUGGAUGGAUAACAUAUGCUUCAGGACAUGCGGACAUUACAGCAAAACAAUGGUAUACACUCACCUUAGGCAUUAAGGGUUAUUUCGCCUUUGGUAUGUUGAACGGCAAGAUCCUGUGGGAAAAUAUCCCCGUGAAAUACCCAGGGCACGGCUGGGCUGCGAUCGGAACGCACACCUUCGAGUUUGCGCAGUUUGACAACUUUCACGUGGAAGCUGCUCGCUAGUCCUCACAGGGCGUCAAGACAGGAUUUGGAUUUUCUAUUUUUGAUUUUGGUUCAGGGCCAAUUCUGAUUUUGAUGGAUCUCUAUAUGAGCCUUUGAGGCUAACAAUAAUGCGGAGUAAAUAGGGGAAUGGUACAUUUUUGCUAGAUCCUGUGAAUGAUUUAUUUAUUUAGAGCUAAUUCCAGAGGGGAUGCAGGUAGUCUUUGGCACUGCCUGUGCUAGCUCUUAAGGCCCACUGUUGGUCAGUCCCAUCCUUCAGGAGUGCUUUGGGUGGUUCUGGCCUUGUAGCCUUUGCGCUAAUCCCGAGGUAGCUCACUCCAUAUUGUUUGUAAAUGAUCAUGCAGAUGCCUGGGAACCACAGGGGUGUUUUUGUGAGCUCUGACCACGUGCCUUAGUUGGGGCUUCUUUAGAAGAUGCUGAUGAUUAAGGGGAUACCAAGGAGCACUUCAACAAAUACUUAAGUAUGCAGUCUCUCUCUCUCUCUCUCUCUCUCUCUCUCUCUCUCUCUCUCUCUCUCUCUCUCCCAGCCCAUCCCCCUCUCUUUCCCCUCCCUCCCCCCAUCACUGUCUCCUCACGCCCCAACCCCCAGGAUGAUAUUUUUGGAAUUGUGUGAAAUGCUGGGAUGAUUUAAAAAUUACCUCAUUAAUAAACUAACACUAAAGCCAUUUUUGCAGCCAGAUCAAUUGGGUUAUUUGGGCUUUUAACUAUCUUUCUUCCAACUUUUAAAUGUUACCAUCCUUUAAUCUGCCUUGAGAACAUUUCCCCCAUAAAAGCCAAUGCUGCAGGCAAGUCUGGCAGCUUCCCUGUUCAUUUCUUGUGCCUUUUGCAGUCUGUCCUCACAAGGGGUUCCAAAUGAAGCCUAGCACCAGUGAACGAAUGCCUUCAUCUGUCUAUGCAUGGCCGGAGGGGCCACUGAUGCUUUUGACUAGCUCACAGAUUUGGAUCAUCUCCUGAUGUUUGAAUAGAUACACUUACUAUCUUCCCAGGGUUUAUAUUUAAAUGUUGUUAAGCAUGCUUCUCAUUAGUAUGAUUUAUGUAACAUUAAUGUAACUCUUAGAAACAGAUCAAUUUUCCAUGUGGCUAAAGUGAAUUCUGGAAUUCUUUAUAAGGAAAAAUGACUCACUGACUUGACUCUGCUCCAUGGGAAUGUGUAGUGCUCUAACAUAGGCAAGGGUACAGUGAGGUCGGCGUUACUUUCGAAAACUUGAAACCAAGGCUAAAUGAUUUGUUGUUUAGAUUUUAAAAUAUUUUUGAAAAGUAAUUCACAAGAAUAAUUUAUAUAUGAUAGAAUAUUCCUAUUUUAAGUGUAUAGUUUGCUUUGGUAAAUGUAAACAUUCCCUUGUAACCCACACCCCAGUGAAGCUAUAGAAUAUCCACGUCACUCUGGAAACUUCUUGGCUACUCCUGUGCAGUCAGUUCCUCUCAGUCCUGAUUUCAAGCAACAGUGAUGUCUCUGUUGCCAAAAAAAAAAAAAAAUUGUUUUGAAAGCAUGAAAGUGACAGGAAGUGCUGUGUACUCUUCUGAAUGGAUGUCUCCCAUCAGUAUGAUGCUGUAAGAUUUGUCCAGAGUGUAAGACUUUGCCAAAACGGUGCACUCCUCAUUCCUGAGGGGACCACAUUGAAUGGAUGGACCACAAUUUGGGUUUCUAGCUCCUAUUUUUAUGAGAUUAAAAAUAAAAAUCAUAACAGCAUUAACAUAC